GUCGAAAAUACUGGGACAGGCCUACCUGCACUUAUAGCUAUAAACACAUAACAUUAUUUCGCACUUGUACUAGCACGCGAUACGCUUUAUCCGCAAUCCGAAACUUUGCCAAAUAAAAACGUAAUCGAACACGUAGAGCUACCACUCCAACCUUUGAGUUUUACACUUGGUCGGCUAAUAAAAAUGCCGGCUGCCGCUCUGUCAGCGAGGCGACGCGACGCGACGUUACUAGCCGCUCUAUGACGCAACAAUUUCUCUUGGUUGCUUGUGGCAUGCGUAUUGUACCGUGUACGUCUGCUGGGGCGGCAGGCGGCAGGCGGCCCGACUCGGCAUUCGCCGGCUUUAGUUCAUUCCGUUUUUAACUUGCGAGUGGGUCGCUCGUUCGUUUUACGCUGAAUUUAAAGCACGUGGCUAGGUGCUUCGGAACUAUUAUAACCUAAAACGCCAGCUUGUCAGUCCAAGCUGUUACAGAGAGAACACAUAACGCGUACAAGGAAGCAGUUAUCAACGCAGCAAAAUGGUAAACGAUUCCAAUGGCACUGUCCCAGCGCCGCAGGAGCUGGAGACAUUCCUGUCUCCAGAAGAGAAAAAUAAAGAAAAGAUAGUUAGCAAGUACAACAUGACAAAGGAUGAAGAAUUGGGUGAAUAUGAUCCCUUCGCAGAUAGGAAGUUGGAGAACCCUACAUCGAAUAUGGAUACACUUACCCAUCUUUUAAAAGCUUCACUGGGUACCGGAAUUCUCGCUAUGCCGUAUGCCUUUAAAUGCGCCGGUCUCGUCCUGGGUAUACUGUUUACUGUACUGGUUGCCGUAGUCUGCACUCACUGCUCUUACAUUCUCGUAAAAUGCGCUCACGUAUUAUAUAAAAAAACAAGACGGAACAACAUGACCUUCGCAGAAGUUGGAGAAGCGUCAUUAAAAAAUGGACCCCAGGCAUUACGAAAAUGGGCAAAAUCAUUUAGAAUCUUCAUCCUUGUAAGUUUAUUUAUGACUUACUUCGGCACCUGCUCCGUCUACACUGUAAUUAUAGCCAAGAACAUUUUACAAGUGGUUGCUCAUUACAUGGGCGUUAAACCAGAAGAUGUUGAGAUAAGAAUAUUUAUCAUUGCCCUUCUACUACCUCUCAUCUUAAUGUCCUGGAUUCGUAAUCUCAAAUACUUAGCCCCAGUAUCCAUGAUCGCUAAUCUUUUUAUGGCUCUGGGUCUCGGAAUCACUUUCUACUAUUUAGUAGGAACUGGAAAAAUGGAAACCGAAAAUAUAUCCGGUAUGCUCUUCAAGUCCUAUCAUACGUGGCCUGAAUUUUUCUCCCUUACUAUUUUCGCCAUGGAAGCCAUCGGAGUUGUAAUGCCGCUUGAAAAUUCUAUGAAAACUCCUCGCUCUAUGUUGGGUUUCUGUGGCGUGCUCAACAAGGGCAUGUCUGGGGUCACCUUGGUUUAUAUUCUCCUUGGACUGCUCGGAUAUCUGCGUUUCGGAGAAUUGGUCGCAGAUUCCAUCACACUGAGUUUGGAUAACACUCAAAAACUCGCCCAAACGGUUAAAAUUUCCAUCGCCAUCGCAGUAUUCUGCACCUACGGUCUCCAAUUCUACGUGUGCGUCGAGAUCAUGUGGAACGGCAUCAAAGACAAAUUCACUAAAAGGCCGGACCUUGCUGAUUACAUCACCAGGACCAUCCUUGUCACCGCGUGUGUGUUGUUGGCCGUCGCAGUGCCGACUAUCGGCCCUUUCAUGGGAGUCAUCGGCGCUUUCUGCUUUUCCAUCCUUGGUCUCAUUGCUCCAGCUAUUAUUGAAAUCGUCACCUAUUGGGAUAUAGGUUUCGGAACAGGUAAUUAUCUUAUCUGGAAGAACAUCUUAGUCAUGAUUUUCGGUAUGUUCUCGUUAGUGUUCGGUACCAAAGACGCAGUAACAAGCAUAAUAAUGGAACUGUACAAAAAAUAAAAUAUAGACUACGUUCCAAAAUCGAGCUAAAGCUUAAUCGGUAUUAAAAACUAACGUGUGAUAGUUAGUUGUAGCGUAGGGUUUAGCGAUUUUUAAUUACUUAAAUAUUUUUGCUGUGCGACAUACAAACUAAUGGUAAUGGUUUCGAUUCGAAUAUUUAUUGAAUAGUAAAUAAUUGACUCGAUAGUGGUGCCUCACAUAAAUUAAUAUUUUUGUAUUUCUUAUACGAUUGAACAAAAUAUUAUAUUAUCUUAAUUUCCAUUUCAAAGACAUCGUGAAUGAAAUGAAGUUUUGUACAACAUAUUUGGUCGCAAGCAUAAUAUUAUGAUGGUGGAUCAGUUUUGGCACAAACAAAUUUUAGUAGCAUUUUGAGUCAAUUUUUGAAGUGACUGUGCCACUAUUUUGUGGUAAUAUACACGUUUGCUCCUUAACUGAUCUAACAUAGUACCUACUAGGCAGUGUUUUACGUAAGUACACUGCGUGUAUGGAAUAAAAACGAACAAUUCGAUUACAUUCCUGAUGCAGAUUAGGAGAGGUUGGUUAGUUUGAAAUUUUUUGUAUGAUAAACAGUGAAAUAAGCUUUUUUAAAGGAUACUGUUAAUAAUCAAAAAUAACUCCAAUUUUAUUAUUGUUACAAUUCUUGAAUGGAUUUUAUAUAUGUGGCAUAAUUUACUAGAAAAAUGUUAUCAGUACUUAUCUACCAACAAAAGUGUCUCGUUGUUCACGUGUAGAUACCGGUCUUUACUAAACAACAAACAUUUGCAAUUAUUCUUAGUUUGUGAAUUUCAUAUCAAGAAAUGUCUAUUGUAUUAUUUAAAUCCAUACCUACGACAUUUGUACAAACGAAUUACUAAAUAUUUUUAAAGUAUGACAAUCAAAUUAUUGAUGUAAAUACCUACAUAAUUAUAUCUAUUAAGAAAAAUACAGUGUGUUUGAGAACUAUAAAAGAAUUUAAAGCAUGACGACAUGUAUUCAGUUCUUAGACAAUAUACUUAAUACAAAGGAUGCGCCUUGUAUGCUCUAUCCUUUCUGUCAGAGUAUAAGAGCAAAUGCUUAUACACACAUUUAUAACAACUGUUGUUAGUGUGCGUAAAGUAGAAAAAUACUUAAGAUUAAUUUAUGUGUCCGUUCGUAACGACACAAAACGAUAUUGUAAUUUGUAUUGCACUUUAUAUAAUAUAGUGGUUACAUUUAUAAUUAUUUUUCGUAACAAUAAUUAUAAGGCGCAUCCAUUCUAGAUUGUCUAAGAUUUAAUUCUAUAAGAAAAAAGUUUAUAACUACUGGUUUACGUUACACAAUAAUUAACAUAACAAUGAGUACAAUAGUGAUAGAUGCGAUACGCAACAACCCCAGCUACGCUUUUCUCUACGUUAAAUGCGGAAAAUCGACGUACGUGCUGCUAAUAAUGCUUCAGUUUUGAACCCACAAUCUUGCCUGCUGUAGUCGUCGAAAUGCUGUCAGUUGUGAUAAAAGACAAAUUAAUAUCAGAAAGGGGCCUUGUGAUUUUAUAUUUUAGAAUACCGACCAAAGUUUAUAUUAAACUAGAAUUUAAAAGUUUCACUUUACUGCAAUUUUUUGUACCUACUGUAACGGAUUUUUAUGUAAACGCGUAACUUAUAAUAUUGCUAUUAAACUUACGUCGUAAUACGUAAGUAUAUUUUACCCACUAUGUCUAAAAUUUUAUAAGUAAUAAUAUUAUAAUUUUAUUCAAACAAAAUUAAAAUUAACGAAGUUCCUAUUUGUUUGUAUUUAUUGUUAGUCAUAUUUAUUUGAUUGAUCAUCCCGUACCGGACACUAAUACAUUUGUUUAUAUAAUUUUCGGCGUAAAAAAAAAUGUGUUAUGAGAAUUAUAAAAUGUACAAGCCUUAUUA